AUGAGGCUCGGUCCAAGGGACGGAGCUCGAAAUGAAGCUUCGGAGAGGCGCUUGACGCCUUUGCCAUCGCCUGGAUCUGAAUCUCACAUCAAGGAAUCCCUUUCCCAGCCAACUACUUCUCUUCUUCAGCAGACCAAGGACAGGUUAUCGGAACCUGUGACGGCCGCUUUUCUCGCUGGUGGGGUAGCUGGUGCAGUGUCGCGGACCAUCGUUUCCCCCCUCGAGCGACUGAAGAUCUUGCUUCAAAUCCAGAGUGUUGGCAGAGCAGAAUACAAACUGUCAAUAUGGAAAGCACUAGUCAAGAUAGGCAAAGAAGAGGGAUGGAAGGGUUUCAUGCGGGGCAACGGGACCAACUGUAUCCGCAUAGUCCCCUACUCUGCCGUCCAGUUUGGAAGCUAUAGCUUUUAUAAAGGGUUUUUUGAGCCAACUCCGGGUGGCGAACUUACCCCUCUGCGUCGUCUGUUUUGUGGAGGCCUUGCUGGUAUCACGUCUGUUACAUUUACUUAUCCGUUAGAUAUCGUAAGAACAAGGCUCUCCAUCCAGUCUGCUUCCUUUCGCGAACUGCGCAAGGGGCCAGAACAACCGUUACCAGGAAUAUUUGGGACGAUACGAUUGAUGUACCGUAAUGAAGGUGGUUUCCUUGCUCUUUAUCGUGGGAUCAUUCCCACCAUUGCCGGCGUCGCCCCUUAUGUGGGGUUAAAUUUCAUGACCUAUGAGUCAGUGCGGAAGUACCUAACUCCUGAGGGAGAUCUUAACCCUAGCCCUUACCGCAAGCUGUUGGCCGGUGCAAUAUCAGGUGCUGUCGCGCAGACAUGCACAUAUCCAUUCGAUGUCCUCCGGAGAAGAUUCCAGGUCAAUACGAUGUCUGGCUUGGGAUACCAAUACACCUCCAUCUGGGAUGCAGUGAGGCUUAUCAUGAAGCAAGAGGGAGUCAGGGGCCUCUAUAAAGGAAUCGUUCCGAACUUACUCAAGGUGGCCCCUAGCAUGGCGAGCAGCUGGCUGAGCUAUGAACUGACCCGCGACUUUUUAAUCAAGCUUGGUGACAGUGAUUAG